AUGAGUGACUAUACACUUCCAAAACUGCCCUACGCAUACGACGCGCUGGCACCUCACAUCGACGCCAGAACCAUGGAGAUUCACCACACAAAGCACCACCAGACGUAUACCGACAAGCUGAACGCCGCACUGUCUCAGUGCCCCGAGAGCGUUCAAAGCAUGGACAUUCUUGAGAUCCUGGCCGAUCUCGGUACGGUGCCCGAGGGUCAAAGAGGCGCAAUCAACUUCAACGGCGGCGGUUUUGACAACCACCGACUAUUCUGGAACAACAUGAGUCCUGCAGGAGGCGGUGAGCCCGGGGGCGCGCUAGCAGAUGCCAUCGAUUCGUCCUUUGGGAGCUUUGCCGACUUUAAGGAAAAGUUCUCCUCGACCACCGCAGUCAUCCAAGGCAGCGGCUGGGGAUGGCUGGUCUACAACCCGUCAUCCGGCAGCGUGGAGUAUAAGGCGAUGCCCAACCAGACAAGUCCAAGAACCGAGGGGCUCGUUCCCCUGCUUGGAUGCGACGUGUGGGAACACGCAUACUACCUGAACUACCAGAACAGGAGACCUGCAUACAUAGCCGCAUGGUGGAACGUCGUCAACUGGGACGAGGUUGACGACAGGCUGUCAAGGGCACAGUAGCUCCCCUUCUUUCUUUUUUAUUUUUCUGCGCCAUACCUGCG